AUGGAGAAAGGCAGAUCAGUACUCUCCACGCCGUACCAAGACUCUGCAUGGCAACGAAAGAAUUGUCCCUCUGAGGACAAUUCUGUUGAGGAAGAUAUUGAGGAAGAGAUUGAGGAGGAAAUCAAGGAAGAGAUCAUAGAGGAGGAGCAGGAAUACUCAUCAGACUUUGAAGAGCUAUCGGACUCUCAUGAUGGGAAAGACUCCAAAAUCAUAGAGGAGGAGCAGGAAUACUCAUCAGACUUUGAAGAGCUAUCGGACUCUCAUGAUGGGAAACACUCCGAAAUCAGCAAGAUUUUGGAGACAGAGUCAGCAAUCGAAGAGGAUAUUCAGGAGUUCGCUGAGGAGGUGGAGUCAGCAAUCGAAGAGGAUAUUCAGGAGUUCGCUGAGGAGGUGGAGUCAGCAAUCGAAGAGGAUAUUCAGGAGUUCGCUGAGGAGGUGGAGUCAGCAAUCGAAGAGGAUAUUCAGGAGUUCGCUAAGGAGGUGGAGUCAGCAAUCGAAGAGGAUAUUCAGGAGUUCGCUGAGGAGGUGGAGUCAGCAAUCGAAGAGGAUAUUCAGGAGUUCGCUGAGGAGGUGGAGUCAGAAAUCGAAGAGGAUAUUCAGGAGUUCGCUGAGGAGGUGGAGUCAGAAAUCGAAGAGGAUAUUCAGGAGUUUGCUGAGGAGGUGGAGUCAGCAAUCGAAGAGGAUAUUCAGGAGUUCGCUGAGGAGGUGGAGUCAGAAAUCGAAGAGGAUAUUCAGGAGUUCGCUGAGGAAGUGGAGUCAGAAAUCGAAGAGGAUAUUCAGGAGUUCGCUGAGGAGGUGGAGUCAGAAAUCGUAGAGGAUAUUCAGGAGUUCGCUGAGGAGGUGGAGUCAGAAAUCGAAGAGGAUAUUCAGGAGUUCGCUGAGGAGGUGGAGUCAGAAAUCGAAGAGGAUAUUCAGGAGUUUGCUGAGGAGGUGGAGUCAGAAAUCGAAGAGGAUAUUCAGGAGUUUGCUGAAGAGGUGGAGUCAGAAAUCGAAGAGGAUAUUCAGGAGCUUGCUGAGGAGGAAGCCCUGGACGAGGAGAGAAAAGCCAAAGCUGUUCUUGAAGAGGCCUUGGUGAAAGAGAAAACCGCUACAGCUCGACACAUAGCAGCCUGGAAGCAGGAGCAAAAAGAAAGAGACACUCUUGCAAAGGCUCUGAAGAAUGAGCAAGCUGAAAAUAAUUCCCUUUGUGAUAAAAUAAAGCACAUUAAAGUACAGGUGGCUGAUCUAAAACAGUCACAAAAAGAUCAGCAAUGUGGCAAAGCAAAGCUGAAAAACAGAAUCAUUAAAAUGUCUUCUGAGCUUGAUGACGACAAGAAGCUGAUAGAGCAGCUCGAGACAGCUCUGCAAGCAUCCUCCAGUCAGCACCAUAGAGAGAUAUCGGAGCUGAUUGCGUUGAAUGAUGCUUCAGUUACAGCAGUGCAGGACCUCCUCACUCAGCAGCCAAAGGAAAGCCUGAAAAAAGACAAAGUAAUUGAAUCCCUGCACUCAAAUAUCCUGAAUCUUCAAAGCGACAAUGAAAUCAAAGGCAGCAUUGUCACCUCACUGCAGGAGAGAGUGAACCAGUGUGCCUCAGACCUCAAAGAGGAGCAAACAAAAAGCAGUUCACUGCAGAAGGACUACAAUGCGGCUGUCUCUCAUCAGAAGAAGGAAGCAGAAGAACUGGCCCGUCUGACUCGGGGCAACCAACACCUCACCUCUGAGAACAAAAGACUGCAAAAUGAACUGGAGGCUGCUAAUAAACAGCACACUGAGGAGGAGAAGCUUCACAGUAGAGUGGAGGAGGCCAUUAAGAAGGAGGAAGCUCGCUUCUCCAGAGCCUCAAAAAAGAUCCAGAGCCUAGAGAAAGAGCUGUCUGAGAAGACUCUGGCUUUAGAAAAGAGCCUGACAAUUGAGAAACACCUAAGGUCGUCUUUCAAAAGUGAGAAGAGGCGAUUUGAGAAGAUGGUUGGAAAGCAGGCUGCAGCCGGACCUUUUUCAAUCCUCACUCAACAACAGAGAGAAGGAUCUGCGUACGACAUGCAGGCAUUAAGGAGGGAAAAUGCUGACAUCAUGGCUAAAUAUCUUGUGCUGGAGGGAGAAUAUGACAGAGAAAGAUCUGAACUCCGCUCUCUCUCUGCGCACCGUGAAGAGACACUAUCAAGGAAAACCCAAAGCAUCUCUGAGAAUCAGUUUACCAUCACUAAGCUACAGAGCCUGGUAAAUGAGUUCAAAGCAAAGGAGUCAAGCAGCAAGGAGAGACAGGCAGAACUUGAAGAAGCCCUUAAACAGGAAAAGAUGAGAAACAAUGAGCUUAACCAGAGUGUUGAUCAGAUCGCAUCCAGUCUGGAAGAAGAAAGGACCAGAUGUGAGAAGCACCGCGACGAGCUUCGAGAAACUUUGACCAAGCAGAUCAAAACUCUGGAGGAAAACCACAAAUUGGCCUUGACUCUGCAGAAAGCUCAAGACACCUUCCCCAGGCUUCAGCAAGAACAACGUGCAGAGACAAACUCCAACUUCAGAAACAUCAGUGACUCCGAGAUCAGGCUCAGCGAGCAGAAAUCUUCCCUGGAUGAGAGCAAUAAGGCGCUAUACCACCUUCAGCGGGAGCACACCGAUCUGGGCAGGAGGCACUGCGACGUCAACGCUGAGUACCGUGAGCUUCUCAAAGCUCACACCGCCCUCCAAGUCAGACAUGAGAGGCUCAGCUAUGCUCAAGGAAACCAACGCCUGGACUUCAGUCCGUAUGUUUUCCACUGAAAUUGUACAACACCCUUGAACAGCGGUUCCUAA